AACGCUAGGGGGCAGUGAUGAAUGUGCAGAAUACGGCGGCGAGGUUAACGCUACCAGCGAAUGAAUGAAGUUUGUCCAAGCAGGCCACCGUUGCUAGGCAUUGAGAAGAAAACAUGGCGGCGGUCGUCAGAAGGUUGUCAGGGCUCCUGAGGCCUCUGUCCCGCUCCGUCGGAACCAGUCCUCCUCAGAUCUGUAAGCUGUCUGCGUUCAUCCAGUCUCAGCCUCUGCCUCUGUUCGCAACAGCUGCAGCCGCCGUCUGCGCUCCUCUCCGGCCUGCUGCGGCUCAGACUCUCCGCUAUCCCCUCCUGCAGCGGGUUUCCGCACUGGUCCCCAGCCUGACAUGGCAGCCCUGCAGAAACCUGACAUAUGUCAGCCUGAAGAAGGGAAAGAGAAAAACAGUAAAAGCGGUGACUGCACGGUUUAUGCGACUGCACUGUGGCCUUUGGAUCAGACGGAAGGCCGGCUACAAGAAAAAGCUUUGGAAGAAGCUGCCCGCAAGGCGAAAGCGUUUGAGGGAAAUCGUUUUCUGUAACAAGACCCAGAGCAAACUCCUGGAUAAAAUGACCACUUCUUUCUGGAAAAGGAGGAACUGGUUCCUUGAUGAUCGGUAUCUGAAGUACCAUGACCGGGUUAACCUCUGAAUAAAAUAAUGUUCUGAUCCUGAACUUAAUGUAAUAAUUUCAAACAUCCAUAUUGUCAUAAAAUAAAGUGUAUGUCAAAACA